UGACCUGCCCAGCUAAUUUCUCUCUCUAAAAAACACUCUCCGUACAAAAAACCGUUGACAACAUAACGUUCACUUUUUCAUUGUGAAUCUGGGAGAUCGGAGCUCCGGCUCUCGCUGAUGGGGACGCCGACGGCUAUACUUCCGGUGCCUCACAUAGAAAAUAGCAAUUCUCUUGGGAAAACUGAUACUGGCGAUAACAUUCAACCGAAUUUUACCUACUCUUUAGCGGUGAAAUCCCCGACAAAUCCAAAUCCUACCCCCACCCCUAAUCCUAUACGAUAUGGGAACCCUGAAGUCAAAGCCAGACGAUCCAACCAUAACGGAAUUCCGGCGGUGAUUUUCAAGAAAAAGGAUUUUUAUGGAGUGAUGGCGGAAGAUUACCGACUAACCCUAGUCGGCAAAUUCCUAAAGACACGACCACAAAUUGAGAGAAUCAGAUCCAAAUUCGCAGAAAAAAUCACAAUAAGAGGAGGUACAAAUUUCAUCCUGCUUGCAAUUUUAACUUUGUUACUAAAGGGCGAAAGGAACUUUUAAUUGAGGAGUUUGAGCUCCAUCAUUCCAAAAUCCGAUUCAGCUAUUGACGGUCUACUGUUGCAAGAUGUGGACGGUAGAAAUAAGAUUAUCUUCUUUCCUUUUCAUUGGACAUGGAAAGGAAAGAAUCUAUAGUGCCUCCGUCAAAGACUUCAAUAUAGGCGCUGGCCUCAAAGGUUGCCUCACUAUCUUCGUUGUUCUCUCACGAAAGGCGCAAAUGGUCUCAAGCAGCGAAGAUGUAGUUUUUGCACUAAAAAAAAAGGGUCUAUUCCUUGGCACUUUCACUGGUACAUUUGUGUCAGUUGAUGAAAUCGCAUCCUCUUGGGGAGGUCAUCGAAGGACAGCUAAGUGGAGAGCAUUGCUAGCAGGUGCAAUUACAGGGCCAUUAAUGCUUCUUAUUGGUAACACGCAUCACAAGAAUUUGGCGAUUUACAUUCUUAUGCGCGCGGCUGUGUUGGCAUCUCUUUGUGGAAUAAAAAGUAAGUGGUUUAUGCACAUAUGCAAGCCUUUAACUUGGGCUCAUGGAGACAUUUUCCUUAAGUGUGUAUCCCCUUCAUAGAUCCAAUCAGCAUUAUUUUUCUUUUAUACAUAUAGAACGUUAUUAUUAUUGCGGAAUUUGUUUUCUUUCUUAACAAUGUAAAGCUGCAAUUUUUAUGCAUAGUUAACAUUGUUAGCACUGAAUUGUUGAUAAACUGUAAAAUUAUGAACAAGUAAACGUCUCUUCUUUUAUCUUUA